AUGAUGUCCCCUGCAGCCGCUAACGCACUCAUGGAGUGGCAGCCAGUUUCCUCCAGAAUCAUGACAGCAAGAUUCAACUCUAAAGGGAGGAAGGUGACCAUUAUCCAGUGCUAUGCCCCCACUAACGAUGCAGAUGAAGAGACCAAGGAAACAUUCUACGACGCACUGCAAACAGAAGUAGACGAACUACCCAAGAGAGACAUCACGCUUCUGAUGGGUGACAUGAACGCCAAGAUAGGGAAAGAUAACACAGGUAAGGAAUUGAUCAUGGGUACCCAGGCCAUCGGAGAUAUGAACAAAAAUGGCGAACUGUUCACAGACUUUUGUGCCUUCAAUGACCUGGUCAUUGGCGGCAGCACGUUCCAACACAAAGACAUCCAAAAAGUAACCUGGAUAUCACCAGAUGGCAAGACAAGACACCAGAUAGACGACAUCACUAUCUCAAGAAAGUGUAGACGCAGCCUGCAGGACACAGUCUCCAAAAGAGAAUCCGACGUAGCUUCAGACCACCAACUAGUGAUGGGAGUUAUCAAGAUCAAGCUACGGGCCUUCAGAGACACAGCAGAUAGACCUCAGGCUAGAUCCAACAUCCAAAGACUCAAAGAAACAGGCUUCAAGGAUACCUUCUCAGUUUCUCUUAAAAACAGAUUUGAUGCCUUAGGUAUGGUGACAGACGAAAUGCCACUGGACGAACAUUGGAGCUGCCUGAGGGACACAUGGAAAGACUCGUGCCAAGAAGUCCUGGGAAAAGGAGCCAACACUUUUAAAGAAUGGCUCUCCGGAAACACCUGGACUCUGAUACAAAACAGGCGAGACAUCAAACAGAAAAAACAACAACACCAAGAAUGA